AUGUCUUUUCAAUUAGACACAAGCUCUUUUGGUUUUGAUAUUAAGAAAGCUCAUGCCCAAGUUCUGAAUGGCUCCCCAGACUGCUCUUGGGCCGUCUUUGGCUAUGCCAAGGGUCAAGGAAACGUUUUGAAGUUACUUGCUACUGGAAAUGAUGAUUACGAAUUCCUUGAUGAAUUCGACGAAAAUGCUGUUUUGUAUGGUUUUCUCCGUGUAAAAGACUCCAAUACCGGCCUCCAUAAAUUUGUUUUGGUCUCUUGGUGUGGUGAGGCUGCUCCUAGUUCCCGAAAAGGAUUGUUUCCCAUUCAUUCUGCCACCGUUACUCGUUUAUUAAACGGUUACCAUAUUCAAGUUACUGGCCGUGAAUCUUCUGACCUCAAUCUGGACGACAUCUUCCGUCGCGUUGCCGAUGCAAGUGGUAGCAAGUACUCUUCAAAUACUUCCACUUCUUCUGCGUCUAAGCCUAAGCCUGCUCCUGCUCCUACUUUUUCCCACCAUCAUAUUCCCCCUCCCGGUACCGUUGUUGGUUCCGUCCCUUCGCAGAAGCCUGGGAUUGAAGAUAACGUGUGGAACGAUACCUACAAACAACGUCCUACUCAAUCCCAACAUUCUCUUCGCAUUCCCGUAAAUGCUAGCUGGUCAAAUGCAGAGUCUGCUCAGACCGAACAUAAAAAAGAAGCGCAGGCGUCUCCAGCUGCGCCUGCUCCUGUGCCGGAACCAACAUCAGUACCUGCUCAUGUACCUGCUCCUGUUCCUGCUCAUGUACCUGCUCCUGUGCCUGCCCCGAUUCAACCAACCUCCGUUCCAAAACCUGCUUCUCCGCCUGUGCCUCCUUCUGCCUCUGCGUCGGAAUCAAAGGAAUUGAAACCUUCAAUUUCUAAAGCAUCGACCGAAUCUACCAAAACUCCUACUUCCGAGUUGGAACAACUUCAUGCUAGUGGAAACGUCAAUUUGUCUGCUAGAAGAGCCAUGUUUGAACGCUUUCAAAAGAGCGGCGAGCCUUCUUCUGUUCCUCAAACAAGACCUCAACCACACAAGUUGAAUCGCAGUUUCGAAGCUCCUCCCAAAACUCAAACCCAAGGCGUACCAUCUGGUCCUAAGGUUGACGCAUUUGCAAAUACCAAUAGCAAUGAUCCUAAAGAGGUGGAUUCAAAUCCACCAAGCGUCGCUUCUUUACGAUCUCGCUUUGCCAAUCAAAAUUUGAACGAUAAAUCCAAUUCAGCUCCUGCUUCCAAGGCUCAGUCUUCGAAAUUUUCCCCUGCUCCUAGUGUAACUCAUUCUGCUCCUGCGCCUGUUCCUGCGCCUGCACCUGUUCAUGUAGCUGAACCAGUACCGCCUCCAAGCAAUGUGUCUCCCUUGCCGCAAGCUCCUCCUGUCCCAGCCACACCGCCAAGACCGGAGACUGCCAACCGAGUACCAUCUUCUCCUCCCGUUGCCUCUUAUGCUCCACCUCCUGCACCAACCACACCGCCAAGACCGGAGACUGCCAACCGAGUACCAUCUCCUCCUCCUGUGGCUUCUUAUGCUCCACCGCCUCCCCAAAACCAGCAAGAAGAGGUUCAGGCAGAAAAUCCACCUCCUGCCCCGGCCAUGCCGCCAAGACCCGAGUCUACUAACCAAACACCACCUCCCCCUCCUCCUGUUGCUGAACAAUCUGCUGCACCUGCCCCGUUAACGCACUUGGAACCUUCUCCACCUGUGCCAGCCAGUUCUGAUGAGGAAGGACCUCCCAUACCUCCUCUUCCACCAGUAGUGGAAACACCCAUGCCACCACCACCUCUUCCUCCCACUCCCAACAUCCAAACUCACGAAGGCGAGUAUGAAUCAAACGUUGCAUCACGUGCUUCAGAGUCUUCCUCAAAAACUCCAGCUGUCGUAAUUUAUGACUAUUCACCUGAGGAAGAGAACGAAAUGGAAUUGACUGAAGGUGAAAGAAUUGAAAUCGUCGACUUCGUUGACGAAGGUUGGUGGCUUGGUGAAAACUCAAACGGUAAGCAAGGAUUAUUUCCUUCCAAUUAUGUUGAGCUUCUGCAAGAGGAAACCAUUGCUCCGGUACAGGCCUCUGAAAGUAAUGUCGAAAGUGGUUCAGGUUUAAUUUCAGUGAAAGCCGUUUACGAUUAUGAAGCACAAGAAGGCAACGAAUUGACCUUUUUUGAGAAUGAUAUUAUCACCGACGUCGAUCGCAUUGAUCCCAAUUGGUGGGAAGGUGAAUGUCAUGGACGUCGUGGUCUUUUUCCUUCCAACUAUGUUGAGGAAUAA